GACAAGGCAAGAGCCGCAAGAAAGAUGCAGUGGCAGUCUGGCGGUGGCAGUGGGCACGCAAAGGUGUUGAAACAACGUCUUGAUAGACAGUGUCUGAACCAGUGAAUGAAAGUCGGACUACCUUGAUCCUCUCUCCCAUAAUCUGUAGAAAACAUACAUUUGCAAGAAUCAUGACCCAGCUUCAGAAUGCAGCAUUAUAGGACGAGGGGCCCCUCUCUCCUACUGCUACUGGUAGUAUGACGUCAUGAGAACAGAAGGUUGACCUUGUCCCUGUGAAGGAGGCGCGGCCAUCAUCGUCCUAACAUGAGUUCUCAGCAGAAGAUUGACGUAGAAUACCAAAGGCGGGUCGACACCAUGGCGAUCACCGGUAGUGUGGCGCUCAUUACAGGAGCUGCGAGAGGUCUAGGCCGAUCCUUCGCUCAGGCACUCCUGGCAAGAGGCGCAAAAGUGUGCGUGACAGACAUAAACGAAGAACAGGGAAAAGUCGCCGAGACGGAGCUGCAGGCAGAACAUGGCGCCAACAACGUCAUGUUCGUGAAGUGCGACGUCACCAAAGAAGAGGAUUUCAGAAAUGCUUGGUCGCAAGCGACCGAGACUCUGGGAACAGUGGGCCUUCUUAUAAAUAACGCAGGUAUUGGCAAUGAAAAAAAUUGGCAGCUCACGGUCGACAUUAAUUUGGGAGGAUGCAUGAGAGGCACGUUUUUAGCGCUCGAAAAGAUGGGCGCCGACAAAGGUGGAGCUGGAGGCACCAUCGUCAACGUAUCGAGCAUCGCUGGCCUCAAGGUGGUGCCGUUUGGCCCCACCUACGCGACUACAAAACACGCCAUCGUUGGACUCAGCAGAAGUCUAGGGCAUGACUUCCACUAUGCCUACACCAAAGUGAAAGUCCAGUGUCUGUGCCCAAGCUUCGUGCAGACAGACCUCAUCGUCGACUCGAAGAAAACCGCCUUCUCUCCCCAGUGUGCUGCUGUUCUAGAAAAGAUUGGUGGGACUCUUAAAUACAUGACGGCUGAAACCGUGUCCAAUGGGUUAAUCCAGUUGAUAGAAGAAAGUCGUAAUGGGGGAUGUAUGGUAGUGGAAGCUGACAAGGAUCCCUAUUAUGUAGAUCCUCCAGUGCAGUCGUAAGACUUUCGUGCAACAACUGUAGAUCUGGCAACUUUGGUUAUCGUAAUGUCUUCAGUGAAAUGCUUUUCAGAAAUGAGCCUGGUUAAUUCCAUUUGUACAGUUCAAAAGAUAACCUUCAUAUUUUUAUAUUACACCGUACACUAUAGUUCUCUUCGUCCUACCUAUCAUUAGAAAACGUUAGGCAAAUAACAUAAAUGGUGCCACGAGAUUUUGGAAGGGCAAAUGCCAUCAUGGGGUUGCCAUGCAAGUUGGGAAGGGCAAAUGCCAUACAAGGUGCCAUGCAAGUUGGGAGGUGAAUAUGCGGUAGUAUCGUAUAUGUACGUAUUUGCUGUUUUCUAUUUUAACUUUUGCAGUUGUGUAGUUCUCCAUACCAAUAGUGCGUUACGAUUUUAUACAAGUGAAAUUUUUUUUUUACUUUUAGCUUUCCAAGGUUGAAGUGUUUUUUGGCAUGUUUAUGUUCUUUGGAUAGUGGCUAGAUUUUGCGACCAGAUCAUCAUUUAAUUUAAUUAAUAAAACUUACAAGACCAAUCCUAUCAUAGUUUUGUAGGAUAUUUAUAGUAAGUUUCAUAUUGUAUUUUUUAAUGCCAAGUUAAAGUACGUAAACUUUUUUUUUUUUUACGGCUACAAAAUAAUUUCCUGGUUUCUCUUGUCUGCCCAACGGUAGCUGGUCAUUAGUUUAUAUUAUAUAUUCGUGCUAUGAAAACCAGAAUUUUAUUGAACUUGUAUUCACAGAAAGAAUCCUGUAUGUACUGUGUUAUGCUUUGCUUUUAGGAGUUUAUUCUUAUUUUAAAUAUUUUUUAUUUACAUGUAUAUGUAUUUGUUUUCAGCAGCAUACACCAUUUACUUUCA